GACUUUUCACUGUUGUGCAAACGAAAUAACCUAAAAACUAAAUAUGAAUAGUUCCUAACAUUGUUAAUAGUGUAUAUGUAAUGGUUUAAAAUAACAUAUAAUACAACAUAAUUUUACUUUAUUCACAAUGAGUUUUUCUCUAAUAAAUGCCAUAAGAAAACUGAAUAUAUCAACCGUCUCACAGAUACGGUUGAUCUCAUCAGGAUCUACUGACGUUUCUAAUAUAAAUAGUCACAGUAAUAGUGAUUUAAACGUAACACAGAAAGAGUGGAAGUUUCCACCUCAAUUCACCAAACCACGAGAAGUAUGGAUCGAAAAUUUAGAUUCUAUUGACGAAAAAAAACUCGGUCUUUUUGAACUACAUCCUUUGGUCUAUGCUGUUUUACCACGUAUAGAUAUCAUUCACAGGAAUGUGAUAUGGCAAAGGAAAUUCCGAUGGGUGUCAUGGGCUCAUACGAAGACGAGGGCUGAAGUACAUGGUGGCGGAAGAAAACCAUGGCCACAGAAAGGAUUGGGUCGAGCACGUCAUGGAUCCAUUAGGUCUCCAUUAUGGAGAGGUGGGGGUAUUGUUCACGGACCACGAUCUGGCAAAACACAUUUUUUUAUGCUUCCGUUUCAUUUACGUAUACACGGUCUGACAUCAACAUUAUCUGCAAAAUUUGCCCAAGAUGACUUACAUGUUGUAAGGAAUCUAGAGUUACCGACUGAGGACCCAGAAUAUCUGGCUGAAUUAAUAGAGAAAAGGAAUUGGGGCCCUUCAGUACUUAUCGUUGAUGAUAAUGAUUAUGCACCUCGGAACAUAACAGUAGCUACAGAAAACCUGCCUCAUGUCAAUAUAAUACCAUUUUAUGGACUCAAUGUAUAUUCUAUGCUGAAGCAUGACACCCUUAUCAUCACUCAAACUGCAGCAGAGAGAAUUGAAGAAAAGAUAUUACAACAUCUUCAUUCAAAUACGAUGCCACAACAAGCCAAGUUCAAAUUAAAUCAAGUGUAGAGUUUAAAAUUAAAUAAAUUA